CAGCGACUUCAUUUGCUAAGCAGCCUCCAAGUCGAACAUAACGAUUGUCCUUUCACCAAGAGACUACUAUUCUAUGGAUGGGUCAAGAAGAGAGAGGGGCCUUGGUCGUCGAAAGGCCUGCGAUAGUUGCUGCCAGAGAAAGGUCAGGUGCGAUGCAAAGAAGCCGCAAUGCUCUGCGUGUUCUUUGCACAACGUCGCCUGUGUGUGGACUCCCGGGCCAUCCUCGAAACCUCCAAAGAGGACCCUGAAUAGUACGAGAAAAGAUAGUGGCUCGAAUGAAGGUCGUUUUGAGGGUAUUGAAGGCAGACUCAGAGCUAUCGAGGCUCAGCUUUGGCGAAAUGCUUCCACGAAUCAAGCAGCGAUUGAGAUGGAGGAUGACGAUCAAUACGCUGCAGCGUCCUUCGAGGCACAUUCACCAACGCCGUCCUCAAUAGACACUCCUGCAAGCCUCCAGUCAGGCAUGACUCUACAGGCUAUUAAUUCAAGCAAGGAAGACGAAUUGUCUUUGCCCCCUCGAAACCAAAUGGAGCCGCUGAUUGCCAACUACUUCGAAGGCUUCAAUCAAGCCAUGCCGUUAUUCGAUCCAGACAGCUUCAUCAAGAUGUUCAAAGACUGGUAUGAGUUCCCGUCUGGGCGUGACCAAGCAACCUGGUCGGCAAUCAACGUCGUCAUCGCACUGUCCCUGCGGCAUGAUCCUUCCAAGAACUCCACCGCCAGAGAUAAAAUGGCCUCAAUGUGCAUCCGCAAUGCGCGGUCCACUAUGGAUAGCCUCGUCUAUCGAGACCAAGACUUGAAGGGAAUACAAGUCCUCUUAGGCCUAGCCUUGAUUUUCCUCGGUACUUCUCAUCCACAUCCGGCGUGUGUCUUGGUUGCGACAGCGGUGAAACUGGCCCAUCGGCUUAAACUUCACAGAAGGAGGGAACCAGAUGCUGAAGAAAAUACACUAGAGCGGGAUCGACUUUUCUGGAUAACCUUUAUCAUUGACCGGGCCGUAUCAAUGCAUACACUAGAGCCAUAUCUGCUGCAAGAGAAUGACAUGGAUAUUGAUGCCGAGGGACUCUCUAGGCUUGACGGCAUCGGGUUAAGUGAACCAGUCCUCUUACUCCAGCUCCGCUUCAACUUGGCUCUCGUUCAAGGUAAAGUUUACGACCUCGUUUACUCCGUCAGAGCCUCGAGGCUCUCUUCGAACCAAAAAAAGGCUGCCACUGAGCGUCUUGACCGAAUGCUCAAUCAAUGGUACAGCUCAGUUCCCGGAUGCUUCACCUUUGAUAAAGCUGCAGGAUUGGACCCGAUGCAGCGAAGGCACUGCAUUUCGCUACACAUGGCUUACUACCAGUGCCUGUUCUCAAGCCACCGAGUUAACGCUCAUGACAACUCUUGGGUGAAGCGUUUGACUGAUUUUGGCGAUGCACUUGGUCGGGAAGGCGAAAUUGCAAAGACUUCACCACCUGAACCCGCGUUGUUGCCCUCUAACUGGUCCAACUUGGUGGCAGCCGCAAGGUCAUGUUUGGCAUUAUCGGAUCUCAUAGAUGAAAGAGACUCCGCGCUACGAUGGGGCGCAACCUGCGCUUGCCAAGCUGCAAUUACUGUCCUCGCUGCGAAAAACCUGACCCUCUCUGAGCAUGAUCUCCAUGAACAGAUCGAAGCGGACGAAGAGCGAGUAGAGAAGGCUACCAAACAGCUUGAACAGCGAGUUUGUAACUCCGAUGACACCUAUUUACGAACUAUACACUCUGUAUGCUCCGAUCUUGGCUCAAGAGCUGCAUUGGCAGUCCUGAAGUUUCACGAGAGUUCGGCUGCUGGGCUCCUCUGGGACGAUGAGUCCAUUGUAUCUUGAAUUAAGAAGAAGAUUGUAUAAUAUACAUAAAUUGAUCCCUAGUAAAUGACAAGAAGCC